AUGAAUAAUAAAGGAAAAGCGCUCGGCUCAAAGGGAUUGAAGGCUGCUUUGGCCAGACAUCAAGUUCAAGAUACCCUUAAACAAAAAGCUUUGAAAAAUGCUCAAGUUGAAUCGCAAAACCAACUAAACAAAGCCAAGUCCAUGAAAAUUACAAAGAAAGCAAAGCAAAACAACGGAUUGGCUCUUGCAAAACAACUGCGAGGAUAUUUACCUUUUACAGAGGAGGAUACUGUGUUGUUAGUUGGAGAAGGUGAUUUCUCAUUUGCGAAAUCUUUAAUACUACAAAAUUAUGUUCGACCAGAAAAUUUGGUAGCCACAAGUUUGGACUCACAAGAAGAGGUGAUGGCCAAGUACCCUGACGUUGAUAAGACGCUUGUAGAGUUGCAAGAUUCUGGAGUCAGGGUCAUGCAUGAUGUAGAUGCUACUGAUCUUGCGAAAACGUUAAAAAUCGCACCUAAUUCAAAACAACGCCGAACAGGAUCUAAAGCGUCUGCCCUAAGAUUAUUCACACCAGGUUCUAGCUCUCAUACUGAGCUAGACUAUAUCAUGUUUAACUUUCCCCACACCGGAAAAGGUAUUAAGGACCAGGAUAGGAACAUUAGGGAUCAUCAAAAGCUCAUUUUGGAAUAUUUUAAAAAUUGUAACACGGUUUUUGAUUUGGUGAAUGAAAACAAUAAAGUACACGAUGAUUUUGCAGGAUAUAGACAUAAGAACGGAAAGUCAAAUAAUAAGGGCAGCAGUAAUGACGAUAGCUACCAGGGUAAAAUAAUAUUGAGUGUUUUUGAAGGUGAGCCUUAUAGUUCGUGGGGCAUCAAAAUAAUCGGCAAAGAACAAGGCUACAAGGUUAUGAAGCUGGGAAAAUUUGAUUGGUCCAUGUUUCCACAAUAUCACCACAAGAGAACAAAUGGUAUAAGAGAUACUACAAAGCCUGCAAGCGAGCGUGAUGCAAGACUAUAUGUAUUCGAAAAAAACACACAAUUAAGCAAAACAGCCGACAGUAAUAAAAAGAGAAAUGAGAAAAGGAAUGGAAACUUUGGUUUUGAUUCUGAUUCUGAUUCUGAUGAAAAUUAA